CAGGAACAACUUAACGUUCCUUCUUCUGUUCUAGUUUCAGUUUUUUAAUCUCCUGGAAGUAACUUUCAAAUUCCGAGCCAGGCCGGCAACUCGGCUAUCUCCCUUUUCCUCCUUCCCUCCUUCCCUCCAUUCUCUCAGAGGUCAACUGCCACCUCGCCCACAAUGCCCUGGAAGCAGAAGAUUCCAGUAGAGGACAAAGACCUCGCUCGCUUCCUCAACUCCACCAUCAGCAACUUCGUGCAAGAUCGACUCAUCGACCGCGAUCGCCGCCUUCAUCACAAAGAAGAGUGCGCAGAGCGCCUCGCUGCCGCUGCUUCUGCCGGAAAAGAGGUCGAAUACGCCGAUCAGGCAGUCCUCGCUAACCUAGAUUGGGGCAUCGAUGCUCUCGAGGAGGCCAUCGUGACAUCAAACUAUGAGGCUAAGCUCGCUCGCCUCAACCAUGCCGAGCGGAUGCUUCAGGUCUGCGCCAUGCUUGAUCCUGUCGGCUCAACUGCCGGAGUUCCCAAUUCCUACCUCUGCGCUUGGUCCCAUCUCCAUCUUGCCUGCCUCUCGCGCCUCCGAGCCAGUGGUGCCAUCUCGCGGGCUGCUACACUGCACGCACUCGAGAUGUUCGACGUCGAGCCUUUCUUCUCCCGCACCGAUUUCGCGCCUGAUCUUUGGGAGACCAUGUUCCUGCCGCACAUGGCGUCAAUCGUGGGAUGGUACACGGAGGCGCGGCAUCGUAUUGUGAUGGAAGAGAUCCCGGACGCGACGGAUUUGUCGGCCACGGCUUCGGAUUUUGGAGAGCAGCUGUUUAACGAAUCGGUGGUGGCGGCAGCGACGCCUGACCAGGCGGAGAACCUGCGUGAGUUGGAGAUGGAGUAUGGGGAGUCGCUUGAUCGGAGCACGAGGAUGUACGCCAAGUAUUACAAGGAUGUUCUUAGCCAGGAAUCGGUGGAGAUACAGACAUCACCGACAUCUUUCGGGAGGAAGAGUAUGCCAGCGCUGCCGCCGAUCGCGGAGCCGCCAAUGACGCCGCGGCACGAGGUUAGCCGUUCAAUCCCCGAUUUCGUUAAGUUCGGACCCAUCUUGCCGAAGAGCGCCGGGUUUACUUUCGGGAAGAGAGACGCCGGUGGCAGGGCCGGCUCCAGCUUUGAAAGGAUGGGUGCAAUGCCAGAUUCUUCACAGGAACAUAGUAACUUUAUUAGGCAGACCUUAAAGGUGGGCUUGCCCAAGGAGAAUGAUCAUAAUGAGAAGGGAAGAAUCACCAAGGUCAACUCACCAAAAACGAAUCAGUUUGUUUCAGCUAAAAAUUCUUCAUUGGAUUCUCCUAGGACUCAUAGAUCCUCACUUCCCAAAACACUUUCUUUUUCCAAAAAUGAAUUGAAGCAACCUGUUCAUGGUGCUCCCAAUAAAUCCAGUGGUUCUGCACAUAAGAAGCUCGCCCCUUUGGAUCACCUAAAGGCAACCUCUCCAACGAUUUCACCUGUACGAAGAAGGCCAGAACAAGCUUUAUCUCCAUCUUUCGGGAGUAUUUUAGAUGAAUCUGAUGAUGAUAUGGAAGUUCGAAGUUUCAGCAACAGCUCUAGUGAUGUGAGGUCUUCAAUCAGUCCGACAUCUAACGUGCAUUUGUCAUCUCCCAGUUUACAUUCCGAAGCUGAAGAAGUAAAUAAUAGAAACAGUUCUUCUGUAGAAAAGGCAAUGCAAAGAACAAAAUCGCCAAAGGAUUUUGUCUGUCCCAUCACUGGGCAUCUCUUCAAUGAUCCGGUAACUCUAGAAACAGGUCAGACAUAUGAAAGAAAAGCAAUCCAAGAAUGGUUGAAGAGGGGAAACACAACAUGCCCGAUCACUCGUCAAACUCUCUCUUCCACUGUCUUACCCAAAACUAAUUAUGUUUUAAAGAGGCUGAUUACAACUUGGAUGGAGCAAAAUCCUGAUAUUGCAUUAGAGUUCUCAUACAUGGAGACACCAACGGCUUCUCCCAGACCUUCCUUGUCUAAGGAGCAGCUCUUAGAAUCCAGUACCAUAGUUGAUCUAGAAUGUCCUCUCUCUUUAUCUAGACCCACCGCUACCAAAAAUGAGAAAAGAAGUAAACGUUUCAUGAGAGGCCCAGCUACUUCACCAAGAAGUGUAAUUUCCCAAGCUGCAACUGAAACAGUAAUGAAUGCCUUGAAGACAUAUGCAUCAUGCCUCUGUACUUCAGAGGACCUGCAAGAAUGUGAAGCAGCCGUCCUGAAAAUAGCCAGGAUAUGGAAGGAAUCGAAGGCUAGCACAGGAGUUCAAGCUUUUCUAUCUUCACCGACAAUAUUGAAUGGAUUUCUAGAAAUCCUAUCAGUUUCUACCAAUAGGGAAGCUCUUAGAGUUUCUGUUUAUAUUCUUUCCGAACUUGUUUUGGCAGAUGAAAGUGUAGCUGAAACAAUUAUUAAUGUAGACUCAGAUUUUGACUGCCUCUCUUCUCUGCUUCUUAAUGGACUGACUGAGGCUGCAGUUCUUAUAUGCCAACUACAACCCACAUUCUCUCAGAUUUCGGGCCACGAUAUUGUGCAAUCCUUAGUUCAAGUAAUAAUGAGCAAAGGAGAACAUGCAGAUGACUUCAGUUGCGCGAUGGAGCCAAAGGAUGCAGCAAUAUCAUUGUUAGAGCUACUAUUAUCCGGGGGAGAUGAGACUAAUCGCUCAAUCAAUGCUUCGAUUGUUAUUUCCACAAAUGGGCUUCCUGCUCUUAUCAAGUGCUUGGAUCAAAUGGAAGGAAGGGCCUCUGUUGUAUCAGUACUUGUAAGCUGUAUGCAUGCUGAUAAACGCUGUAGAAAUUUGAUUGCAGGGAGGGCUGAGUUGUCUCCUGUUCUUGAACUAUUUCAUGGCGGAAAUGACAACACAAGGAGCACAUGCAUUGAUUUUCUCUCGAAUAUUGUUUGUUUUAAAAGGAGGACAUUCUGCAAUCAGAUUUUACAGACGAUUAAAGAUGAGGGGGCAUUUAGUAGCAUGCACUCGUUUUUAGUCUAUCUUCAAAUGGCUCCAAUUGAGCAGCAACCAUUGGUUGCUAGUCUCCUUCUCCAGCUUGAUCUUCUGGUUGAACCUCGAAUGACGAGCAUUUACAGGGAUGAAGCUAUUGAUUAUAUAAUAGAAGCUCUUAAAAGAAAAGAUUUUCCUCUUUGCCAGAUCAUUGCUCUAGACACCUUAUUUUCUCUGACCGGACGGUUGAAUGCUUCAGGAGAUGCCAUAACUGAAACAUGGUUAUUGAAGAUAGCAGGGGUUUAUCAGCUACCUUGCAUCCCAGAGGAUGAAGAAGGAAACGGGAUUUAUAUUGAUGUUGUGGAGCCAAAUGAGGAAGAAGAAGCAAAAGCUAUGAGUAUUUGGGAGAAAAGAGUAGCUUUUGUACUAUGUAAUCAUGAGAAUGGUGCGAUUUUUAAAGCUCUGGAGGAAUGUCUAAUGAGCAAAUCCAUGGAGAUCACCAAAUCAUGUCUUGUUAUUGCUGCAUGGCUUAUACAUAUUCUUAACAUUCUACCUGAUACCGGUAUGAGAGUGAUUGCAAGUCAUUCUCUACUUGAUCAUUUGUUAGAUAUCCUGCAAUCAUCUAAAAGCAUGGAGGAGAAAGUCCUUUCAACCUUGGCUUUGAAAAACCUGUUUAGUGAUCCAGAUUUAGAUAGAGGACUUGUAGCAUAUGCAAAGCGAAUUUACAGGCCUUUGAAGAAACUUAGAAGGUAUUCGUCAUUGGUUGCUGAAACGCUGAAAGAAAUAAUGCAGUUGCCAUCUGUUGACACGUCGGUGUUUUGGUCUUGUGCUGAAUUAGUUGAGUUAGACUCUAGUUCUAACGGUGAGGUACUGUCCCUGGUUCAUUCGAAAGGUCGCCUCUUUAGCAGCCACUCUGAUGGAACUAUUAAGGUGUGGGAUGUUGGGAAGAGGGGAUGGCGGAUGAUCCAAGAAGUUCAAGGGCACAUGAAGGCGGUUACCGGCCUUCAUAUUCCUCAAUCGAGUGAUAAAUUAUAUAGUUGUUCGCUUGAUAAAACCAUCCGAGUCUGGACAACUGAACCAGAAAUUCAUAGCCUUCAGGUUUAUGACAUGAAAGAUCCUGUGCACUGCUUAACUGCUAAUGCCGGUACUUUGUGUUUCUCAACACAAGGAACAAGUGCAAAGAUCUUCAACGGGAUUGGCAUUCCAAAGCAAGUCAACGUCAACAAAAAUGUGAAAUGCGUCGCCAUGACUAACGAAACUUUAUAUUGUGGCUGCACUGGCUACAGCAUCCAGGAAGUAGAUCUGAAGAGGGGUACUUCAAAUACAUUUUAUUCAGGGACGAGGAAAUUGUUGGGCAAACAAACCAUUCAUGCUCUCUGCAUUCAGGACGUUAUUCUCUUUGCCGGCGGGACUUCUGUCGACGGAAUCGCCGGGAAGGCAUUCUCUUUGGCAACAAAAACCAUCAUAGGGUCAUUUAUGACAAAUUCAGACAUCUACAGUAUAUCUGUAAAUGAUGAUUUUGUUUUCACCGGCACUAAAAAUGGAUUCAUUGAAGUUUGGACUAAGGAAAGGCUGAUAAGAGUUAGCUAUCUCAGAGUUGGAACUGCAGGAAAUACUAAGGUUACAUCUAUAGCUUCAGAUUCUGAAGGAGAGAUGGCCUUUUCAGGCUCUUCGGAUGGAAAAAUUAAGGUCUGGAUGCUGGAAUGAGAACAGUUUGGAUUUAAUUGCAGGAACUAUUCGUGCUCAAAGAUGACCAACAAAGGUAAGAUUUCACUUCUGUUUCUUCCAGAUUUGGAUGAUAAUUUUUAGGUUUUGAUGGGCGUGCAGAGUUUUUUUCUGUAAAUUAAAAUUUGCAUGCAUUUCAUUUUACAUGUCAAUAAAUUGGAUAAUUCAUAGUGUAACUUAAUUUCUGUAUAUAUUUAUUUGAUUGACUUCUGUAGGCGAUUUUCAUGAAUAAAUAUUUUG